AUGAACACCCAAUUGAUACAAGAUUUUCCCGAGCUAGCCAAUCUACCACGUGAAGACCUUGAAGCCAUGCUCUCCGAUCCUGCAUAUUUUCAGGCCAUAUUCCACUCGCUCAGCCAUACAAAGGCGCUCCUUGCAUCCCAGACCGAGCUGGGAAUGGCAAAUGAAGCAAUAGCCAAGCAUAACCUCUCUCUUCAGAAUGAGCUAUACGACCUGCGUUCUACAACCAAGGAUGCAUAUGACAGGGCCAGGGACCUUCAGAAUAGAUGGGCAGUAGUGGAUAGGGAGCAGCGGGAAGUAUACCAGCGAUUCACUCCAUCUUUCCUAUUGAUGAGACUUCGUCAUGCUACAACGGCGCAGGAUGAUGCCUCGGAGGCGGCUGCGGCCGCGUUCGUGCAAUCAUCACAGACUGCCAAGCCAGCAGAGGCUACUUCUCAAGAGCUUGAUGACUUUGUUCGUGAUUUCAAGGAAUUACGAAAAGUUUACCACAAACGAGUGUUCUGGGGAGAUCAGUGGAACGCUGGAAAGGUGACAUGGCGAGACGAUUGA